ACACUAUACCUCUGUGGAUCUCUUUUACUUGGCAGCAAGAUGACAAAGACGGGAUUACGCUCGGUCGUACGAGCCCCCAAGCGGUCGUUACAUCUUGUUGCAGCACCAAAGAGAUUUGACCUCAACUUUGUUCUUUCAAUGCUUGAGACGGACGGACAGGAGCACGAUCCAGGCUUCUCGUACCGCUGCCCCAGCCCCGCAGGCGCCCACCUCGGCCAUCGUCAUCGGAGCGCGCCCCUCCGCGCGUCCACCGCCGCCUCCAGGCGCAGUGCAUUCGGCUUCUUCCCUUCUCGUCGCACCAUCCCGGGGAACACGAGGGGACAUGAGCCCCUCACUCGCCGGCUCCUCGUGGCCAUGAAGCGGCAAAACGUGCGGACCUUAUCCCUGAUCAUUUGCACGCUCACCUACCUCCUGGUGGGGGCCGCCGUCUUCGACGCCCUGGAGUCCGAUUUCGAGAUGAGGGAGAAGGAGCAGCUGGAAGCCGAGGAGCGGCGCCUCCAGGGGAAGUACAACAUCAGCGAGGACGACUACCGCAAGCUGGAGACUAUCAUCAUGGAGGCCGAGCCCCACCGAGCCGGGGUGCAGUGGAAAUUCGCCGGCUCCUUUUACUUUGCCAUCACGGUCAUCACCACCAUAGGGUACGGGCACGCGGCGCCGGGGACCGACGCAGGCAAAGCCUUCUGCAUGUUCUACGCCGUCCUGGGCAUCCCCUUGACUCUGGUGAUGUUCCAGAGUCUGGGCGAGAGGAUGAACACGUUUGUCAAGUACCUGCUGAAGCGCAUCAAAAAGUGCUGCGGGAUGAGCAUCACCGAGGUCUCCAUGGAGAACAUGGUGACGGUGGGCUUCUUCUCCUGCAUCGGCACGCUGUGCAUCGGCGCCGCCGCCUUCUCGCACUACGAGGAUUGGAGCUUUUUCCAGUCGUACUACUACUGCUUCAUCACCUUGACCACCAUCGGCUUCGGGGACUUUGUGGCCCUGCAGAAGAACAGGGCCCUUCAGAGGAAGCCGCUCUAUGUGGCCUUCAGCUUCAUGUACAUCCUGGUGGGCCUGACGGUCAUCGGGGCCUUCCUCAACCUGGUGGUGCUGCGCUUCCUGACCAUGAACAGCGAGGACGAGCGGCGGGACGCCGAGGAGCGGGCCUCGCUGGCGGGGAACCGCAACAGCAUGAUCAUUCACAUUCAGGACGAGUCGCUGCAGCGAGGGCGGCGGCGAGGCGGGCGCGAGAACCGCCGCCCCGAGGAGAUGAGCGACUUGCACUCGGUGUGCUCCUGCAUGCGCUACCGCUCGCACGAGCUUCCCGUCCCCGGGAGGCUGAUGGGCGGACUGGGAUGUGCCUUCUCCCACCAGAACUCGCUGGGCUCGCAUCUGAACCCGGGCCACUACUAUCACUCCAUCUCCUACAAGAUCGAGGAGAUCUCGCCCAGCACGCUGAAGAACAGCUUCUACCCGUCGCCCAUCAGCUCGGUGUCGCCGGGCCUCCGCAGCUUCACCGAGAAGCUCCAUCUCAUGAGGAGGAGAAAGUCCAUCUAGCUGGCUUGGCCAAGGCCAAGUCAAGCACUUUCCCUUUUUGGUUUUUGCUCCUGAUGGAGAACGCGCUCAUGGGAUGCAAAGCAUGAAGCAUGGAUGUCUAUUUUUUCAAGGGAUUACCACUUACAAACAUUUGUUAGACCUUCCAGAUGGACUCUAGAAACUUGGGGAGAUGCUAUUUUUCAUAAGGGAGGACAGGACGCACGCUUCACCUCAACUUGAAGAACCCGUCCGUCGCUGAUGAUUUUUCUACAAGCCAUCACACACAAACAUGGUUGCGAAUAUUAGCAUGUGCAUCUAAUAAUUGGUAGUUUUUGUGACCUUCUUUUGUCUGUCGCCAAGCGGCUUCGUUUGGAAUCCAAAGGGUCAUACUGCUGUUAUUCAUUUCAUCCUCCUUUUAGUCUCCUUUUGCAAGAUCAUAUCUGGCCACCUUUCAAAAAAAAAAAAAACAAUGAUGUCAGGAUUUACAUAAAAUGGACAUCCAUUAUUUCUAUAAAGGAACAAAUAGGUCAAGAGGCAGAAGACGGUCCGAAGGAUGAGAUAUGGGCAUUUGAAAUUCUUCACAAUGAUUUUUAAUGAACUGCUACUAAUCAUCAGCAUGAUCCUUUGGGGUAUAUUUGGAUUGAAUGUGUAACUAUCAGCACUGGCGGAGUGAGAAUUUUUUCCUUGGGUGGCCCGUGUGUGUGUAGGGGCAAGGAUAUCUCAGGGGGGGGUCUGCAAAACAACACAUUUUUAACAAACCCCCAAAAAUCUUCCAAAAUCUCUGAUGAAGGUUCAUUACAGGUUAGGCAGACUGAUGAGAAGAUAGAGAAAAUAGCAAACAAAUAAAACACUUAGGGGGGGGGGGCAGUGCCCCCAUCCCGUCCCCUCUAGCUCCGCCAGUGACUAUCAGCCCAUACCUAAUUUACAACAAGUCCCUUUUGCAUUUUGUGUUUCAACCAGAUCUGCUUUCCGUCCAUGCAUUUUAACGUCCCGCCUGGUCAAACUCGCCAAUAACUGCUCUCAGGUUUGAACCAAGCGCCUUGUUUUGUUUGUUUUGCUUUGCUCCUUUUCAAAUGACACACAAUGUACAUACCUCCGUUCUUCUAAAAAAAAAAAAUAAGAAUAAUAAUAAUAAUAAUCCAAGAAGUUUUCCAAGAAAGACUACUGAGGUGCAUCAUCUCGCCAGGCCAGGUCUCCUUUGUAGAUAUUUGAGACCAUUCCGGCCUGUUUUAAAGCCCAAUCUGCCUUUUCUCUCUCUCUCAGCUGGUCUAUGGACGCAAGGUGAAAGCAUUUCAACUGUAUAUUGUUUAUAUCUCAAUUUUAGCUUUUCAUACGUGGCACAAGACUAAAGCGCUCAUUCCUCUAUUAAGUUAUAGCCAAUGUAAAUAUAUUUACGAGUUCAAAUCUCUGCCCAUCUUGCCUUGUCUCGUUAAAUGAGAGAAGUCGUUUUAUUUUGGAUUCAAUCUUGAUGGGGCUCAAAUGUACACAGGCAAGGCAAUGGUGAGUGAGAUAAACAUUGUUUCAUUAUGGGAACACGACCGGCUUAUAUGUUUGUAUCAAGCUUGAGAAUAAUUACAACAAAAUAGAGGCAUGUGUAUUUUUACAUAUUUGCGUAAUACCUGUGCCUUGAAGAAACCGUGGGCAUCUUUCAAACGGUCAUGGCAAGAUUCAAACUAAAACGGAUUUAUAAGGAUCAUUUCAGAAUUUUAUUAUGUUUUAAUUAUGAUCAUUCAAACAGUAGUGAUUGACU